AAGAAAAAAUGCUACUCAGGAAUUUGUUAAAAGAAUUGAUAAGGAAUUAGUUCAAAUUAAUAGGGUCUUAGCUAUAAAGCAUGACCGAAUUGAGACUGAAGAAGACAAGAAAAAAUUUACUAAAACAAAUAUCUGCUGGAUAUGUAAAGAUAAAUUUGAUACAGAUAAUAAAUAUAAGAUUGAACCAUGGAAAACUCCUAUCCCAGUUGUCUUUCAUAAUUUUCAGGGCUAUGACUCUCAUUUAGUCUAUGAAUCUGUUGGGAAAUCUCUUAUGAAAAAUUUGGGCAACAAUUAUCCUAUUACAAGCCAGCACUUUAAAGACUAUUCUUUAGAUCAAAUUUCAUUAGCAAGUCAUAAAGGAGUUUAUCCUUAUGAUUAUAUAGAUUCUCAAGAAAGAUUUAAGAAAACAAAGCUUCCUCCUAUCCAUGAGUUUCAUAGUACUCUUAAAGGCAAGAUUUCACAAGAUGACUAUCAUUAUGCCCAAAAACCUGGCAGAUAUUUGGAUCCAAUUUCAAAUGACAUGUAUGCAAUGACAGGUAUUAAAAUUGAGCUCUUUACAGAUAUGUCUAUGCAUGAUUUUAUAGAAGAGGCUAAGCAUGGAGGUAUAGCUAUAGCCUGUAAGCGCUAUUUCAAGGCUAAUAAUCCAAAAAUAGGCAAGACAUUUGAUCCAUCUAAACCCACAACAUGGAUUUUAUAUGAGGUAAGUCAUAAAUAUCUUGAGGAUAAUCCAAAUAAGCAAAAGAAAUAUCUUGAAAAGAUUCUUAAUACUAAAGCAGAUGCUAAAAGAGGAUAUUUUCUAAAGAUUAAUACACAUUUUCCUCUAAAAACUCAUGACUAUUUGAGUGAUUUACCCCCAGCUGUAGAAAAUAUAGUUGUAAGUAAAGAUAUGUUGUGUCCUUAUACUACAGAGCUUGUAGAUAACUUAGAUAGUGGACAGCUUCAAUACUAUGUAAAAUUAGCUUUUAAUACAGAAAAGAGACAAGGUGCUAAGAAUGCUUUUGAGAAAGAUUUCUUUAAGCUCAUGAAUAACUCAGUAUAUGGCAAAACUAUGAAAAAUGUUCACAAAUACCAAGACAUCAAGCUCAUGGCUAUGAAUAAUGAGCAAAAUGAAAAGAAAUUUAUUAAGCAAAUCUGUAAACUCUCUUUUAAAUAUGCUAGACAGCUUGGAAAUACACUUGUUAGGGCACAUAUAGGAAAAGCUAGUGUAACUCUCAACAAGCCUAUUAUUGUUGGAGCAUCAGUUCUUGAAAGAUAUGGUGAUAAAGCAAUACUUGGAUAUAUGGAUACAGACUCAUUUAUAUUUAUAGUUGUAACUGAAGAUAUCUAUAAAGAUAUGGCUGAACGACCUGAGCUUUUCGACCUUAAUGAUUCUAAGACUAUUGGGCUUUUUAAAGAUGAGACUCCAGGUAAUGUGAUUACAGAAUCUUAUCAUAUUCGGGCUAAAUCAUAUUACUAUGUCUUAGCAGAUAAGUCUACAAAGUCUAAGCAUAAGGGGGUUAGUAAAAAAGGCAUAAAUGAAAUGGCCACGAAUUUAUACAUGCCAGCUUUAGAAGGGUCCUUGCUAGAUGAUCCAAUAGAUAGAUCAUUAUUAUUAGAGCAAGAAGCUAUGCGAACUGAGGCAGAUCCUAUAACUCUAGUAUAUCGAGACUGUCUUUUUGGUAAUGAAGUAUUCCAUGCUAAGAAUAUAUUAUCUAAUAAAAUAACUAGUUUGCCAUAUUGGCAUUGGUGUAUACAAGCAUAUAAAAAUUUUGUAUCAAAUAGAAUAUCUCCAAAGUUGGCUAAACAAAGAGCUUUAAGCAUUAAGCUCUCAAAGAGGUAUCAAAAUGAAUGUUCAUUAAUAAAAGCUGGAUGGAUUCGGCUUACAACUCGAAAAAAAAAUCCAUUAUCAGAAAGUGAAGCAAGUAGUAUUAGCCCUAUUAUCGAGGCAUUUUUAAAACAUGAAGUUGAUAGAUACCAAAGAAAUAAAAAACCUCGAUAUAAUCCUACAAUAGAAGUAGAGAUAGAGCCUUAUUGUACAGCUUCUUUAGCACUCUGUGCCAAUAUUGCUCCUCUAUAUACUGAAGAAGAGGUUAAUGCUAGAAUCAAAGAAGCUACAGAUAAUUUACGUCAAGAAUUUAUUAAAUCUACUGAGGAAACCUUAAAAAAUAUUAAGCAACAGAAAGAUAUAGAAUGCAACCAAAUUAAGAUUGAUAUGAGAAAUAAUGCUAGAAAUUUAUUUGAGUUUACAUUGAAAAAAUAUAUUCGAGAUAGUACUAUAUAUAGUCUUAUUCAUGAAUUAGAAGAGAAAGAUGGUAGGUUAUAUCCUGAUAUAUCUAGAUUCAAAGGGUUAUAA